CGACGUGAAUCUCGGCUCGGGGUUGUGCGUGGUGGAGUUUUAGUGAUUUUUUGUGUGAAAUUUCUUAGUGAAAACUCGUGCAGAUCGGUAUAAACUACAUAAUUUGUCUUGCCAUACAGAAAACGGGAGCGGAGUGUAGUGUUUUUGUGCUAUAGUUUAUGUGGGCAGCUUCAUAUCAAACGUAUUCUUCAGUGGCUGACCCGAAUCAAGUGGUUGUCGCACAGCAAAAGCGACGUUUUCCUGGUGUAGGAUCUGAUGAGGAGAGUGCUAGUGGUAACAAAUACAACAGAAUGGAAGAGGACAACGUUCAAGACAAGGAACGCUUUGCUAGUAGAGAAAACCAUUGCGAAAUCGAGCGGCGGAGGCGAAACAAAAUGACCGCCUACAUCACGGAACUGUCGGACAUGGUCCCAACCUGCAGUGCCCUAGCCCGGAAGCCGGACAAGCUGACGAUUUUGCGGAUGGCGGUGGCGCACAUGAAGGCGUUAAGAGGAACCGGUAAUACGAAUACCGAUGGAUCCUAUAAGCCUUCGUUUCUUACCGAUCAGGAGCUUAAGCACCUGAUUUUGGAAGCCGCGGAUGGAUUUCUAUUUGUGGCUGGCUGUGAUACGGGCCGUAUUAUUUACGUGUCCGACUCGGUAACACCGGUGCUGAACUACACCCAAAACGAGUGGUACAGUGGGAGCUUCUUCGACCACAUCCACCCGGACGACAUCGAGAAGGUGCGGGAGCAACUUUCGACGCAGGAACCGGCCAACAGCGGUCGGAUAUUGGAUCUCAAAACGGGCACCGUGAAAAAGGAAGGACAUCAGUCCUCGAUGAGAUUAUGCAUGGGAUCGAGGAGAGGUUUCAUUUGUCGGAUGCGAAUCGGCCCCGUCUCACCGGAAGCUAUGGCGUUAGGUCAUCUCAAUAGGUUACGAAGGAAAAACUCGCUCGGACCGUCGCCCGACGGUCAUAACUACGCGGUAAUGCACUGCACGGGUUACAUCAAGAAUUGGCCACCGACUGGUGUAACGAUCGACCGAUCCCAGGACGACGAUCUGCACAACACACACUGCUGUCUGGUGGCGAUUGCGCGGUUACAGAUUACCUCAUCGACCACGGCCAACGAUCUGAACGCGAAUAAUCCCAAUGAAUUUAUCACGCGGCAUGCCAUGUGCGGGAAGUUCACGUUUGUGGAUCAACGGGUGAUCGGUGUGCUGGGCUAUCAGCCAGUGGAUCUGCUGAACAAAAGUUGUUACGAUUUCUUCCAUCCGGAUGAUAUUGCACAUAUGAAGGAAAACUUCGAGCAAGUUUUGAAGCAGAAAGGUCAGAUGUUCUCGGUAAUGUACAGGUUUCGGGCGAAAAACAAGGAAUGGGUGUGGAUGAGAACUCAAGCUUAUGCCUUCUUGAAUCCGUACACGGACGAUAUAGAGUACGUUGUGUGCACGAACAGUUCGGCGAAAUCGCUUCACGCCAGCCAUGAUACGGUGGGACCUACCGAUCCGGCUGAUACGCCUGUUGCCUACCAGGCACCCGGUCUAGACUAUUCGAUGCCAAGCAGACGCGAGACAACCCCUUCUAGUAGUAUAUACAAUCCUCACAACUUGAUUUCACACUUGCCAUCGCAACAGCAACAACCGCCAUCAGCGUCAGCCGCGGCCGCCGUGGUAGCCAAUGCUUCCAUUCAACGGCCCGACAGUGCGCACAAUCCGGUGCAAUAUAGCUAUAAUCCAACGCCGUCUCCUAUUCAGUAUGGUUCGCCUGGUACACCAGGAGCUUCCGGUUCGCUGGGGCACAUCUCCAGAACGAACAACACCUCGCCAACGCCUGCUGCGACAGCCUGGUCUUUACGACAGCCUCAACCCGUUACCGAAGGUUACCAGUACAGUGAGCUCAGCCCGAACCGGUCCCCGACUGGACCCACGUACACCCAACUCAGUGCGACCGGAUCUCGACAGACGUCGACGUACACACCGUCCUCCGCACAGCCAGGUUCAGCCAUUUGGAGUGGCUGGCAGGCUCACCACCCGUCCGCCCCAGAGCCAAUGCAGACGGGUAGCAGUAGUGCCGGUGCAGGGGCCGGCGGAGGUGGCAGCAGUAGUAACAGUUCAGCCGGUACGGCACCAUCACAUAUCGGACAGCAGCAGCAGGAGAUGCCUCCGGAACACGCUCAACACAUGCAACAGCAGCACCACGCGGCGCUGCAGCAUGGGCACAGUCAUAGUCAACAGCAUCACGGGCACCAUACAGGGCAUCAUCCCGCGCAACAUCCGCACCAUCAUCAUCCACACCAUGCGGCAGCCGUGGCUGGACAUCCACACCAGGUACACCAUCCAGGUCACCACCCUGGGCAACAUCCUGGCCAAGGGCACGAGCUAUCCGACAUGCUUCAGAUGUUGGAUCAAAGCGGAGCGACUUCAUUUGAAGAUCUGAACAUUCACAUGUUCAAUACACCGUUUGAAUGAAACUUGUUGUACUACGGUUAUAACAACUAUAACCAAACGCCGGCGGCGGCGACAUCCUAUCACGGUGGCGGGAGUGGAUCGGGUUUGAGUGGCGGAACAAGUGGAAGCGGCAGUAACAGUAGCAGCUUUAGCACACUGGCAGGCUUCGGAAGUAAUGGUCUAGGCGGCGGAAUUACCAAUGGAGGUGGCGUCGCUGCUGGCGCUUCUGUCGGAGGGUUAGGUAGCUUUGGGGGCUACGGUAAUGAACAAAUGUAAAUAGGUGUCAUCAAAAAGUAGAUUAGAGUGCUCGGUCUACGACUAAGUAGCAGGUGAUCUGAGGCUUGUCUAGCUGUGCAUAAGCAGAAAUUUUAUAUCAAAGUACACGCUCAAUAGUUGUCACCCCUAUCGAAACUUUGUCACAAAUUUGUUGUUUAGUAUUUUUCAUAACUCUGGAAAAUGACGAACGAUGCGCAACGUGUACUAUCUUGAGAGGUAUUUUUCAAUUAUUUUCGACUUUUAAGUACAUGAUAUAGAAAUUAAAGCAAAAUCAAAAUCAACGAAAAUGUUUAAGGUUUAAUAGACAAAAAAAUAUGCCACUUUUUGCAUGAGUAUGAGACGGAUGGGCGAAGCUAUGAUUAGAUUUGUUGUAUCCUAAGUUAGGCCUUUCUAAGAUGCAUGAAAUUACGCGUUUAUAUGUAUUAGCUAAAACGAGAAAGCAGUUGCAAAUAUUGUGUUCAGUUCCAAGCAAAGCUUAACCCAACAGAUAACAAACAGAAUUGUCCUAAUGAACGCUUUCGAUUCGAUUACUGUUUAACUUGGAGGAAAAUAUUUUAUCAACCAUCAAUACGAUUAUGUUGUAACGAAACGAGGAUAAGGAAAAACAUCUGUUUAACCGCAGCGGUGUACUCAGUUUUAUAGGCAAAAAAAUUAAAUCCCUUUUCCUUGUAGCACGCAACACCAAUUAUUUCAUUAUAGAUAUUGUUUUUCCUAUUAGAGUAUUAGAACGUGGGGAGAUCAGUCAGUUUUUUUGCUAAGAAAACUCACUCCGUAAGCAAUUUUGUGUGCGUGGAAAGCUUAAAUAAACCGUGUGAACAAAUGCUGUAAAAACGAACAAAAACUCCAUUUUUUUCAUAACUAUAUCAUCAUAAAAAUGUGUACGCAACAAAUAGACAAAGAGGAGAACGUUUUUGGUAAUUGAGUAAAAGCAACAUUCGUUAUCUAAAUACUAAGAAAUUAUUAAAAUAUAAGCAGAAAAAUCGCUAGGUCUAAAACGCUACUGUAUAAGCUACAUUUAAUUUAAUAUAAAAAGAGAAAAUUGAACUAUAAAUGCUAUGUGAAGGAGAGUGCGCAUGCGAAACUUAUGACUAUUUGAUUUAAAGCAAAGUAUUUUCUGUAGAAUAAAAAAAGCAUUGAUUUAAUUUAGCAUAAAAAAACGGUAUAGAUCUAGAUGCUGAAUGUUUCCUAAAUAUUUUGUUCUUUUUUCCUUGCAUAUGGGACAUAGUAUCCAAUCUGACUUCCUCCAUCUUGUGAACGCAACGCAACAACAACGCCAUCUGUUUUUUACUUUUAAACGAUUGUUUUAGUCCAUAGUUCAUCAUAAUUUUCCAACUCGGAUAUGUUGUCUAAUCAUGACAAGUCAGCAACAAGCAGCAAUUAUCACUAUUUACCUAUUAAAGCAUUUAGUUUAACCGCCAAUAAGCGAAAGGAUAAUUUAUUUGUAAAGUAGAUAAAUUGAAUACCUACCUUAAUUUUGUAAGUCAUGAGCCAUAUGUUUGGCUCGUACCGAGUUGGUUUCUUCCCAAAACGAACAUAAUUUUCCCGAAAAGCAAUUGAAGUCUUCAGUAACCAAUCAGUUUCCUGAGAGAAAACGAUGCUAGCAGAUAUGUAAAGGGCAGGGCAGGCUCCAUCUGGCUGCGGAUCCUCAAAAUUGUUUCGGUUCGCUGAAACGAGAUCAGAUUAACUGCACGCUAAAAAAACCGAUAGUCUAAAUUUAAACAAAAUUUAAAGUCUGCCGUGCCGAGGUCUGAGAAGCAAUCCUGCAGGAAUGUCUAAUGCGUCAGAAUGGGCAAAGCAUAAAAUGAAACAAAAAAAAAAACGAAGCAAAAAUCAUUUACCUAUCCAUUUGUAAAAAAGAAGAU